CGAAUGAUUCAAUAGGUGUGGUAACAUCUUUUGGAAAGCAGCAUGCAGGCCAUCAGCUAUGAGUUGCAAGCAUAUAUCGCUGAUUUCUUUCAUCCCAGGCAAGUAAUGCUCAUCAAACCUAUUCAACUGAAAAUGAAAUCACAAAGCAAAGACUUAGCUUUGGUACUGACUUCAUGCAGAGGAUUCAUGAUGCAUAACACACUUCAACCGAAGGUGGAAAGUACAUUCAGCUACUUAGAAAUUACUGCCAUUGAUAUUCAAGAUCUUAAACUGGCUGUAUUAGAAACUGAUACUUCUCUUUAUCCUUGUCAAUUUAUGUCUGUGGAGGACCUUGAACAAGUUUUGAUUUUUGUGAUGACUGCCAUAAAAAAAAUAUUUCCAGAUUCAUCUCCUGGAAAAAUAAUAAGGAAAAAUCCAGAUCUACAAAACAAUUUCACAGGGAUUACCGAUCAUCUGGAAGAUUUUACAGAAAUGAACCAAGGACCUUGUGGAGGCUUUUCUGAAACAUAUGCCGCAUUAUGUGAUUACAAUGGAUUUACUGUACAAGAAGAGAUACAGUGGGACAUUGACAACAUAUAUCACAGUCAAGAAUCCAGAGAAUUCAGAUUAUUAGAUUUCAUACACUUGGAUGCCAGUGAUGUUGCAUUGGCAGUAACUUCAUUGUCAUUCAACCAGUGGUUCACAAAACUUCACUGCAAAGAUAUUCGUUUGAGGCCAGAGAUUUCUGAGAAAAUUCUAUAUGUGUUAGGAAGAUCAAAGAAAAUUGAAGAACUAGUUUUGGAGAACUGUGGAUUAAAAUGUGAAUUUGCCAUCAAGAUGGCUCAGACACUUGAUAACAAUUCCAGCACCAUGCUCCAUACAAUGAAUCUUUCUGGAAAUCAAAUAGAAGAUAGAGGAAUGGCAGCAAUUAGCCAACAUUUUGAACAACGUCAACAAGUCUUACAACAUCUUAGCCUUGCAAGAAUUUCAGUAACAGCAAAAGGUAUCAGCAGCUUAUUUCAAUGCCUUGCCUUGAAUGACUCAUUUAGUAAAUCUCUUUACCAUCUUGAUCUGUCUGGAAACCCCGGCAUUUUUGCCACGGAACAUUCCACUAAUUUCUUCGAAUUCUUAAUUCAUUGUACAUCACUUUGUUAUCUUAACCUUUCUGGGACAGACUGCGACCUAAAUUCUCUGUUUGAAUCCUUGCAUCAUGGUUGCUGCUUAAGCUUGUCCUGUCUGAAUGCUGCAAGGAAUGUAUAUUCACACAGGAAAAUCAAAGAUUUGUCUCCUAUCACCAAGUUUUUUAACAAAGCCUUUGUUCUCAAACAUCUUAAUCUAUCAGGAACACAAUUACCUUCAGAUGUAUUAAGAGCAAUGUUUCAAGGGUUGGCAAGUAAUGGGAACUUAUGUGAUCUUCACAUGGACCUUAGCAACUGUGAGCUCCGUUCAUCUGGUGCACAAGUGAUACAAGACAUGAUCUUUGAUGUCAAUUCUGUAAGGUCCUUGGAUAUAUCUGGAAAUGGUUUUACUUCUGAAAUGGUAACAUUGAUAUUAUCAGUUGGAAGGAGUAAAUCGAUAAAACAUUUGUCUUUAGGCAAAAACUUCAAUUCGAAGUUCAACACCUCUGUCACAGAUGUACUUCAUCGAAUUGUACAGCUGCUGCAAGAUGAUGACUGUGCAAUUAAUUCCCUGUGUCUGGCUGAUUCAAGAUUAAAGUCAGGAACCAACAUUAUUCUGAAUGCUCUGAAAAACAUCAACAACCUUACUAAGUUAGAUAUAAGUGGAAAUUUAAUGGGUGACCAUGGAGCAAAACUACUAGCAAAAGCCUUACAUGUUAAUAGAAAACUCAGGACACUAAUCUGGGAUAGAAAUAAUACAACAUGUGUUGGAUUUCUGGAUGUAGCACAUGCCUUAACAAGGAAUUUUACACUAAUGGCAAUGCCGUUACCGAUGACUGAUAUAUCACAAGCAUAUCGAGUUAAUCCAGGGAAAACAGAGGAUGCCUUGCAACAGAUUCAAAAUUAUCUCCUAAGAAACAAUCAACUUCUAAACACCAUUACUGGAAUUACUACUGUAUCUCAAGAGGUGAAAGCCUUCUAACGUCGAGCAAAUCCUUGAAAAAUACUGAACAUAAACAUGAAUUUCUUGUGGCUUCUACCAGUAAAUGCAACAAGAUGAGAUCUCUGCAUGUGGAGUGUUAGUCAAUAAAGCCUAAUUCACACGUCAUUCCAUCAGUGAUUGUGAGACAAAACCAGGAUUGGAGCCUCCACAGACAUAAGGUAUAAGGGAGAGAGCUGCUCCUGUUCUGUGUUUAGAGCCGCACCUGGUUUUGGCUCAAAAUCACUGAUGGAAAUCACUGACCAAAACACUGACGUGUAAAUGAAGCAUAAUGCUGGCACUGACGAUAAGAAC